AUGGGUACUAAAAUGGCUCCUUCUUUUGCUAACCUUUUUCUUGGAAUGUUCGAAAACAACACUCUCACUAACGCCCCCUGGCAGCCUCACACAUGGUGGAGAUAUAUCGAUGAUAUUUUCAUGAUCUGGACAGAAGGUUCGGAUUGUUUGAAAAUAUUCGUCGAUUAUCUCAAAUAACAAAAAAUAAUGUGAUAAUAAAUUCGUUAUUAUGUUGAAGCGUAACUCUAUUACAGUUCAUUCAAACGUUAGACCACACCGACAGCUCGCUCUAGAAAUUUAUUUAUAACAACUUUAUUUGUAAUGAUCAAUACAAAAAGGCUGCCAUCAGGGAGGAAAUGAAAACCGGCUGGCCGUAUGGGUGAUUUUGGAAAUUUUUCUCGACAUCAUGGUGUCUCUACAUAACGGUAUAAUUGAAACUGAUCUAUUUACUAAACCCACGGAUAAACAUCAACACCUUUUCAGCUCAUCAUGCCAUCCACACCACACUAAGAAAGCCAUUCCCUUCAGCUUAGCCCUUCGCCUCCGCCGCAUCUGCUCUACAGACGCUAAGUUUAAAAAUCGCAUUAGUGAACUUAAAACAUAUCUCCUUGCUCGUGGUUAUAAUAAUAAUUUCCCAGAAGAACAGUUUCUACGCGCUGCUAAUAUUUCUCGUACUAACGCGUUACAGAUUAAACCUAAAGCUUCUAACGAUGUUGUACCAUUUGUGGUCACAUAUAACCCAGCACUUCCACGCAUUUCUAAUAUCCUACGAAAAAAUUUUAACAUCUUACACUCCUCUAACCGUUGCAAAGGCGUCUUUAAGCAACCGUCUUUUGUUGCUUACAGACGUAGCUCUAAUCUUCCUGACCCUUUAGACUAG